AAUAAAAAGGACAAAAAAGCGCAGUAGUCGAUGACUGCAAUUUCAUUCUCUUUUCUUCUCUGCUACUUUAUAAAAAAACCCAAGCGUCGUUGAAGAGCACGAGAAAUUUAUAGGGAGAAGAAGCACCGUAAAAAUUGCAGAGAGAACAAUACAGAUAGAGCAAUGUCUGGAGGGGUUGCGCGUGGUCGUCUUGCCGAGGAGAGAAAGGCUUGGCGCAAAAACCAUCCCCAUGGUUUUGUGGCGAAGCCGGAGACUCUUCCAGAUGGGACGGUGAAUUUGAUGGUGUGGCAUUGCACUAUCCCUGGAAAAGCUGGUACUGAUUGGGAGGGUGGUUACUUUCCACUUACACUCCACUUUAGUGAAGAUUAUCCUAGCAAGCCGCCAAAGUGUAAAUUCCCUCAGGGGUUCUUCCAUCCUAAUGUCUACCCAUCUGGAACUGUUUGUCUCUCAAUCCUUAAUGAGGAUAGUGGGUGGAGACCAGCCAUCACAGUGAAGCAAAUUCUUGUGGGUAUCCAAGACCUGCUGGACCAGCCAAAUCCAGCUGACCCUGCACAAACUGAAGGUUAUCAUCUCUUCAUUCAGGAUGGUGCAGAGUACAAGAAAAGGGUGCGACAGCAAGCUAAGCAAUACCCUCCUCUUGUGUAAUGUGAAAACUACCAUCUCUAGGAACUGCUGGUUCUUGGUAGCUGUUGGGUUGCCUGUGCAACUGUGUACUAUUAAACUAGCUUUCUCUGAAAUUAUUUGCACUUGGUAAUUUUGAGUGGCCUUUAUGUGUGACUGACUGCAUGGUUGAACUGGCAUUUCAGCUCUACAGUUUAACUUUUGUUGAUAUUGUUAUAGUAUACCAGUCAGCCAGUGUUACUCAUUCGUGAUUAUAACUUAUAUUGGUUAAAAAUCUAACAUAGAACUGUUGCAGUUCCUUUUGUGAUUGGAUAUUAUAUUAAAUUGAUAAUCUGUGAGUUUGCAUUGGGCUCA